GAGGGCUGGUAUAUUUGUGCCUGCUGGAGGUGGAAUUAACUGUAAGGAGGAGGAAAAGAUUGAAUGGAUUUACAGGAAGGAUUUCAAGUAAACUCAGGGAAAUACAUUUGCUUGAGCAGUAUAACCUUGGGUCUUGUUUUACACUAAGACCAUACAAGAGAUGUUGAAGUUAUCACUAGGCUGCCGGACAAAUAGAAUUCCAACAGCAAGGUGCAGACCAGCGUAGAUCUGUGAUUCUGACCUCAGGAUUUGUCUUGGAAAGAGUUCAAGCACUGAGAAGAAGGCAGAGCCAGUGAAGAGAACUUGGGAGCUACAGUUUAUCAGAAGACCAGCUUUCGUCAGUUCAAAUAGCCUGAUUAUCAUACAUUCACAUAGGAAUGCAUAGGUUAUUUGAUCGAAUAAAUUUAGCCAGCUCUUGCUACAUCAAUACUGCAAAAGUCCUUAACAACUGUGGAUAAUUAGAAAUCUGAAUUUCAGCUUUCUUAGCAAUCACUACUCUUGACGUAUCUGCAAAUAUCUAAAACAGGAGAAGAAAAUGGACUGAGUAUGUUGUGUUCAGAAACACCACUGUCAUGAAGAAUAGGUAAAUUCGAUUUUACAACUUCACAGCUACUGACAAAGCGUGCCUCCAAGGAACCUGGAUUAUUAUUUCUUUUAAGUGGACAAGAAGGAUUAAAAAUAUCGACUUUUGCUUUUGUACAAAAAUGCAUUGGACCGUAUUUUUAUUUAGGGGUCUUGUGGGCUUCCUCUGGUGCGGCUGGGUUCAAGUGGGUUAUGCAAAAGGAGGUUUGGGAGACAAUCACGUUCACUCCAGUUUUAUUUAUAGAAGACUGCGGAACCACGAAAGACGGGAGAUACAGAGGGAAAUUCUCUCUAUUUUGGGUUUGCCCCACAGACCCAGGCCGUUUUCACCCGGAAAACAAGCGUCUUCUGCACCUCUCUUUAUGCUGGAUCUGUACAAUGCCAUGGCCAGUGAAGAGAACCCUGAAGAGUCGGAAUACUUGGUGAGGGUAUCCCUGGCAGGAGAGGCCAAAGAGGCCAGGAAGGGAUACUCAGCCUCUCCCAAUGGGUAUGCUCAUCGUAUGCAGUUGUCUCCAAGGAUUCCGCUGACUACCCAGAGCCCUCCUCUUGCCAGCCUACAUGAUACCAACUUUCUGAAUGAUGCUGACAUGGUCAUGAGCUUUGUCAACUUAGUUGAAAGAGACAAGGACUUUUCUCAUCAGAGAAGACAUUACAAAGAGUUUCGGUUUGAUCUGACCCAGAUCCCGCAUGGAGAAGCAGUGACAGCAGCUGAAUUCCGGAUAUAUAAGGACAAGAGCCACCAGCGAUUUGAAAACGAGACCAUUAAGAUCAGCAUAUAUCAGAUCAUCAAGGAAUACACAAAUAGGGAUGCGGAUCUUUUCCUGCUGGACACAAGGAAGGCACAAGCUUUGGACGUGGGUUGGCUUGUCUUCGAUAUCACUGUGACCAGCAACCAUUGGGUGAUUAACCCACAGAACAAUUUGGGUCUACAGCUCUGCGCAGAGACAGGGGAUGGACGCAGCAUUAACGUAAAAUCUGCUGGCCUUGUGGGAAGACAUGGACCUCAGUCAAAACAGCCAUUCAUGGUGGCCUUCUUCAAGGCAAGCGAGGUACUUCUUCGAUCUGUGCGAGCAGCCAGCAAACGGAAAAAUCCAAACCGCAAUAAAUCCAGCUCUCAUCAGGACACCUCCAGGAUGUCCACGGCUGGAGAUUAUAACACCAGUGAACAAAAGCAAGCCUGCAAAAAGCAUGAACUCUACGUGAGUUUCCGGGAUCUGGGAUGGCAGGAUUGGAUUAUAGCACCAGAAGGGUAUGCUGCAUUUUAUUGUGAUGGAGAAUGUUCUUUUCCACUUAAUGCCCACAUGAAUGCCACCAACCAUGCCAUAGUCCAGACUCUGGUACAUCUGAUGUUUCCUGACCACGUUCCCAAGCCCUGCUGUGCUCCAACCAAAUUGAAUGCCAUCUCCGUCCUGUACUUUGAUGACAGCUCCAAUGUCAUUUUGAAGAAGUACAGAAACAUGGUGGUACGCUCGUGUGGCUGCCACUAGCGCUAAGGGAUUGUGGGAAUAACAAAACCGAGCUGUAUUAUGUUUAUGACUGCAAUCAAAGGCAGAUAAAUGGGGACUUCCUUAAAAUCAGCCGGGGUCAUUUCAUCUCUCUAUGUAUCAUAUUAUGUAUAUACACUUUUUUUAUUUAUUUAAAAGUGUGUAUUCUCUUUUGGAUGCCUUACCAGUAAAAUCUAUUUUAAAGGUUCCUAUAUUAUGAUAGAUUCCUACUCUCACUUUUGAUGGGGUAUUCUGAGCCCAGUUUAAUUCUAUGUCAACAUUUUCCCAAUACUAUUACAAAUAAUUUUCUAAUAGUAAGUAGAACUCCCUUGACAGUUUAAUAUUGUUGAAGGGAAAUGAAUACAUUUGGUUAUAUUGCACCAGUGAAAACUAAAAUAGUAUAUUUAGAAAUAAAGUUUUAAAAACUAGCAACCCAUUUUUUUUUAAAAAGCAUUGUUUAGCUAAAUAAAAAAUUCCUUUCAGCGCUUAUGCUUUAUUGCUGAAAGCAAAAUGCUGGACUGGAUUUGACUAAACAAAGGGUAGGCAGGACAGACACAGGGGCUGAAGGAGAGCGAAACUGUUUGGACUGCUCUCUUUAGGGGAAUUGGUGCAAGUCCAGGAGCCUACUGCUUCUUGCUUCUGAUUGUUGCAGAUUUUUUUUUUCAGAAGGUCAGAGCUUCAGAAAUUCUUUGACACAGGCUUGAGUCUUGAGUCAAUGUCCACAAGUUCCCAAAAUGACACUAAAAAGCACAGUCCAGCCUCACCUCAGCUGAGCCACCCCUGGCCGUUGUCUCGAACACCGACAGCUACAGUGCUUGUUUC